UCCACCCUUGCUCCAUCCCCAGCCCCACCCCAGGAAUCGAUCAGGCCUCUAAUAACAAACUUCUUGCACACAAAUCUAUCUUAGAACCUACUUCCCAGAAAAUAUCAAUAGAACUUGAGUAUAAUCUAUGGCCAGCACUGUAACCAAAAUGAAAGCAAACAAAAAAUUAGCCAGGAACUAGAAUAAUUUCCUCAUUUCCAUUUCUUUCUUUGAAGAAACCUGUACAUCUUUCCAUUUCCUUACUCUACAUAGGGCUCUGUUCUUUCUAGUGUCCUCAGACCCACCCUAGUGAGGCACAUACCUCAGACACCCUGCUCCCCCAGGACAACAGGAGGCACCUGAGGCCCCAGCAGCUGCACUUAACUCUUGUCCCCUCACUAGCCAGUCUGAAGUAAAGAUCAAAGGAGAGAAGCUGGUGAAGCAAAGGACUCAGGUGAGGAGGAGAAGCUGGUCCUGAUCCCACUGCUUUGACUGCCGCCCAGGUGGCUUCUCCCUAGGAGCCUGAGUCCAGGAAACAGGACUUGCUGAUUCUAAGGACAGAAGACAUGCGCCCUGUCGGUUUUGCCUUCCUACUGUUCCUACUGCUGGGAUCCUGCUCAUGUUCUCCUUCCCAAAAGAAAGAUCUGCAACCAGUGUGUGGACGACCUGUUUACUCAAGCCGCAUUGUGGGCGGCCAGAACAGUGCUGCGGGGCGCUGGCCUUGGCAGGUCAGCCUGCGCUAUAACCAGAAACAUAUCUGUGGGGGCUCCCUCAUCAGUAAGCAGUGGGUGCUGACGGCAGCACACUGCAUACGCAGGAACUCCUUUCAUUUCUUCUAUUCUGUGAAGCUGGGAAUGCUUGAAGUAAAUAGUUUAAAAGAAGGCAAGGUGUACAAAGUGUCCAAAAUCAUCACACAUCCCAAGUUUGAAGAAACAACUGCAGACAUUGCCUUGGUGAAAUUGUCCUCCAAAGUCACCUUCACUUCUCUCAUCAUGCCCAUUUGCUUGCCCAAUAACACAGAGAAGCUGACGAUUCCAGAGUUCUGUUGGGUGACUGGAUGGGGAAAACUUAAUCAAGCAGUUAAUAAUUAUGCUACCAUUCUUCAGGAAGCAGAAGUACCGAUUAUUAGCCAAAAGCAUUGUGAAGAACUCCAUAAUCCAUUAGCUCCCCUGCUACCACAGUUGGAAGCCAUUAUCCAGGAUGACAUGAUUUGUGCUGGUAAAACAAAGGAUAGUUGCAAGGGUGACUCUGGAGGGCCUCUAUCAUGUCAUAUUAAUGGUGUAUGGACACAAAUAGGAGUGGUAAGCUGGGGAAUGGGUUGUGGUUUGUCUAUUCCUGGAGUGUACGCCAGUGUGAUCUACUACCAAAAAUGGAUUAACACCACUGUGUCAAGAGCAGAGGCCCUUGGUGUCAAUCAUCUGGACUUAUCUAACUUCAUAUUCCCAGUUGUAUUGCUCUGUCUGGCUCUCCUGGGAGCCUUCUAACAUCCUACCAGGAUAACAGAAAGAAUAACUAUUGCUGACAGCCACGCACAGAGUUAGGAAGGGAAUAUAUGAAAAUUAAGUCCCAAGGGCAGAGUAGAUGACUAUGGGAGGGUCACUGAUAACUCUGGAUGACCUCAUUAAACU